UUGAACACCACUGAAGCCCCAGGAAACCCACGCCACUGCCCUCCCCCACCACAACAUCCAUCAGUCGCAGCUCAAAGCCACGCCCGUCGGAAGAACCUCUGUUCCAGCCCCAGGAACAGCAAAUCCAGGAAGAGCCGCCGCGCCGACCUUACAACGGCGCCUAAAAACAGCGCCGACCCCAGCCCAACUCUACGCCGGCAAGACAACUCCCUCCAACUUCCGCCUGCCAUGGCAACCACGCCGGAAGAAAUCCACAUGAAGACGGAUAGGGAGGUCGAAGCUCACCGCGAAAAGCCGAUCUGA